AUGACUUCAACAAAAUUAAAAUCCGAUGUUGAUCAACUUGAUGAUUUAGUUAAAGAUUUACUUACUGAAGUAAAUCGUCCAAUUAGUGAUACUAAUAAUCAUCGAUAUAUGUAUCAACGUCAUUCAAAUAAUGAUUUGUCAAAUUCAAGAGUAUCAUCAUCAUCAACAUUAGCUAAUCAACAACGUUAUGAUUUUGAUAAUCCACAUAGCUCAAAAACAGUUCGUGAAGAACGUAUACGUAUUAAACGUGGACCUGCUAAUAAUGAAAUUCCUAUAACAACAACAUCAUCAUCAAUGGAAACAAAAACUACAACAACGGCGGCAAAACCACAAGCAACAACAACAGCAGCAACAUCAUCAAUUGAUGAACAUCUUAUUGAUUCAUUAUUAGAAAGUGUUCAAAAUACUUUAAAAAAACGUGCACAACGAAAUCAAUCAAAUUGGUCAACAGAUAUACCUAUUAAUAAUCGACGAACUUAUAGUUCAAGUGCUUCUUACAAUACCGACUCGGUUCAUCGGAUGGAUCUAAAUCGAGGUCGAUUUCCAAUAAAACUUAAUCGAACUGAUAGUCCAACAAGUACAUUAUCAUCAAGGAAAAAUUAUAAUCGACAUGAUUCUCGAGAUGGUUAUAUAUCAGGAUCAACUAGUACACUUCCGACACAUUUUCGUGCAACAUCAGAACCACCACCUGAUGGACCCAUUGAAUUACGUCGUAUGGAUUUAAUUCGUUCUCCUUCACGUACAUAUAUUAAUUCACAUACACCAAAUGAAUAUUAUCAUUAUCCACGUUCAACAUUACCAUCAAGUAGUAUCCGUGUACGUGGUCAUGAUUAUACUGGUUAUGAUACUGAUACAGGUCUGAUGACAUCUCGUGCUUAUGGUCCACGAUAUUAUCGUGUUCCACCACCUCCACCACCACAACCACAAUCGAUCUAUCCUUAUUAUUAUCAACAACAUCAUCAGGAAAAUCAUCGUCCGACGUUUCGUCCAGAUGGUUAUGAUACAGAUAGUGGUUUAAUCAGUAGUGGUCGAUUACGUAUGACACGUACAUUAUCACCACGUAUGGCUGUUAUACCUGAAACUGUUGUUGUUAAUAAUCGAAUGUCAUCAGCAACAAAUCUAAAUCAAGUACCAGCUGAUUUACGUGGUAGUGCAUUUUUAAAUCAAGCACAUCGUUCACAAAAUUUAACUGGUUAUGAAACAGAUUCUAGUGUGAAUACACGACAAUAUAUAAAUGAAUAUCGACAAAUACCUGUUGAUGUGCAAUUUGGUGAUAGUGGAUGGGUAGGAAAUCAAACAAUGUCAAGAUCAAAUUCACAACAACAAAGAUUUAAUGAUUAUAAUCAAAGUUAUCGUCAAGCACAAGAUCAUUAUCGUGGUGCAUCAAUACCUGUUUACACUCAGCAUUCUGAACAACAACAUCAUCAACAACAAAAGAGAAAAACCAGUGUAACAUCAUCGCCAUCAUUAUCUACGAUUGAUACAUCUAAAAAAGAUAUAUCAAUACUACCAGCUUUAUUUCCAGGCUCAGUUGGUUUAUCAAAUCCAUUGAGUGGUGGUCAUAAACCUCAACCACAGCAACAACCACCACCACAACAACAACAACAGCAACAACAACAAAUAUCUGAGUCUGAAGUAGCACGUAAAAUUUCAAAUGAUAAUGUUACGAAUCGAUCAGCUAGACCACAUGGUGUUGUUCUCGAAAGUACUGUAAUACCACCAUCUGUCGAUUCUGUUGUAGCAAAUACAGAAAUAGUUUCGACUACAUCAGAAGCUAUUGCAAAUGCAAAUGUAAAUAGUCAAACACCAAAAAUCUCAUCACCAACACCUACUUUUCCAGUAAUUAAUCAAUCUUUUAACGCCAAUGUUCAAUCACGUGUAGGAAAUAGUUCAAUUCGGAAUACAGAUGAAAAUUCACAACGAUCAAGUGUUUCUUCACCUGCAGAAUCUGAUGUACUUCGUAAUGGUGCUUAUCAAGCGCAUAAUGUUAGUCAAUUUUGGUAUAAAGAAAAACUGUCGCGUGAAGAUGCGAUUAAUUUACUUAAAACAAAAACGCCAGGGACAUUUCUUAUUCGUGAUAGUCAAGGUUUUCCAGGUUCUUAUGGUCUAGCUGUUAAAGUUGAUAAAUUACCAUCGGGUAUUCAACCUAAACCAGGUGCUGAUCCAAAUGCUGAACUUGUUCGACAUUAUCUCAUUGAACGAACACAAACUGGACAUGUUCGAUUGAAAGGUUGUCCUAAUGAACCUGAUUUUGCAAAUCUAUCAGCAUUAGUAUAUCAACACACAUUAGCCUCACUUGCCUUACCAAUAAAACUUGUUUUACCAACUGUUGAUAUUGCGGAAGAUUAUCGUCCGAUAACAAAUCAACAACAACAAGAAACAAAAAAAAUGUCUGUGAAAGAUUUACUUGAAAAAGGAGCUGCUUGUAAUGUUGUUUAUUUAAAUAAUGUUGAUGUUGAAUCACUAUCCGGUCAAAUGGCUGUAGCUAAAGCAUUACGUAGCACAUUUGAUAAUGCUGAACGUUUACAAGCUACUAUUGUUAAUUUUAAAGUUUCAAAUACGGGUAUUACAUUAACCGAUACAAAGAAAAAAAUAUUUUCACGACGUCAUUUUCCAAAAGAAUAUGUAACAUAUUGUGGUGCUGAUUAUGAAACAGAUCGCUUUUGGACAUGUCAAUAUAAUGAUCUUGAAAUGUUACCACGAGCAAAAUGUUUUGGUUUUGUAUCAAAGAAAAUCAAUGGUGCAAAAACUUCUCAACCAGAAAAUGAAUGUCACAUAUUUGCUGAACUUGAUAUAUCACAACCAUCAACAGCUAUUGUUAAUUUUGUAUCAAAAGUUAUGAUUGGAAGUGUACCUGUUUAA